AUGCCACACAAGGUUACCAACGACUCAAAUUCCACACUCGCCAGUAGAGGCAGUAGUGGUGAUCAAGUCAUUGCGACAGAAGUCCGAGUAAACGCCAAUCCCAUUCGAAAACCCCCAGUCAUCGUUCAUAAUAAAGGCGGCCAAAUCUACGACGAAACUCGUCCAUCGGACUGGGACAAACAACGCUGGAAAUAG